ACAUCAAUUGUUAUUGGCUAAGAUGGUAAGAAAGUAAAUCUUGUUUCUUUGAGGUCUAAACGCCUUUAAUAUAAAAAAGUAUAGAUUUCAAAAAAAAAAAAAAAAAAAAAAUUCCUCUCCUUUCCCAGUAUCUAUUAUGCCGUUAUACACUUAUACCCCUCGUACUCAUUUUCCUUUUCAAUCGAACACGCCUCUGUUGUCGCUUGAUCGGCCGACGGUGAAAAAGCUGAGUUCUUCAUAACUCUUUUUCUUUCUUACUCUGCUCAUCGCAUCGAAAAUUGCACCAUCAUUUUCAUUUUCAAUUUCUUCUCUAAUGGAAGAUUAGAGAUUCUCUCUCUUCUUCGCACUCAUUUCAACCUUUUUUCUCUCUCCUCAUUCUACCUCGGUUAUGGCUGAUAAUUCCAAGGACGACCUUCUUCAGCUUGUUAAGCGCAUCAGUGCUUAUCUUACCUUUAAAAUGUCCAAUUUAUUCACCAUCGCUUCCCAGAAAUUGGAUUUAUUUUCUGUUGGUGCUCUUGCUGGACUUGCUAUUGCUAUUGUUUUUACGUGGAAAGUAUUUCCAAGUGCCCCACAACCACGGCAACCAAAGAGGCAGCCUACUAGAGCUACUACUUCUUCCGGUGCCAAUUCGCAGACGGUUACCUUAGACCCUUCUGGUGCUUCGGCAUCAUCAGAGGAUUUGAGGGCGCAACUUGUCGUCGAUGAUUUCUUUCAGCCUGUAAAGCCAACAUUGACGCAAAUUGUCAGGCAGAAGUUGUGUGAAGGGAGGAAGGUGACCUGUCGUUUGCUUGGUGUUGUCCUUGAAGAAACAAGUCCUGAAGAGCUUCAGUUGAAAGCGACAGUUAAAUCCUCUGUUUUGGAAGUGUUGUUGGAGAUUACGAAAUUUUGUGACCUGUAUCUCAUGGAAAGAGUUCUUGAUGAUGAAAGCGAAAAAAGGGUUCUUAUGGCUCUGGAGGAAGCAGGGAUUUUUACAUCUGGAGGUUUAGUCAAAGAUAAGGUUUUGUUUUGUAGUACAGAGAUUGGGCGUACAUCAUUUGUGCGGCAACUAGAGCCUGAUUGGCAUAUUGACUCAAAUUCUGAAAUUACUACACAGUUAGCGAGGUUCAUCAAAUAUCAGCUUCAUAUUUCUCCCAGCAGACCAGAACGACUGGCAUCAAAUGUGUUUAAUUCAACAUCCCUGGAACAUUUCUUUGGAUGUGUGUGAUAUUUGAAAGACAGUAGAUCUGCAUAUGCUUUGUGCUGCUUUUCGUUGUUGCCUUCCUUGCUGUUGUCAUAUUUGUUGUAGGCUAUAUUACUUCUCCAUUAAUUGUGGAGGGCGAGAUUUUCUUGUAAUAUGUGUAGUUUUGGACUUCAUUAGUACUCUUACAAUGGAUAUAAAGAUCUGUUAUUGGCCAUAAAGCCAUAGGUCUGUAAUAUUGAAAAAGUUAAAUUUGAUGUACUUGAAGUCUGUCUGCCAUCCCACAGUUGUCCAACGCUAAAGAUUGAGAUCGGUUUCCAACUGCAUGAAUGUUUGUCUAUGGCCAUGUUUGGUAA